AUGUCCAGGUUCGUAACUCGAAUAAAAGAUCGUAUUCAAGAUAAGCGGAUGGAGUCCCGCCAGCAUGACUUUGUUGGCGAAGUUGCACCAUCGAGGCUAAGCGCCACUCGUGACCGCCGUUCGCUUGAUCAAGGCAGUCGUUGGGGUCGUUCGUCCGUCUCUCCAACAGGGAGCUUCGAUUCGAAUCAGUCUCUGGGGGUGGCUACAGCGGGCUCAGAUGCCUUGGACUUGGAGAUCAGAUUUAUUUCAGCGCAGGGCCUACCACGGAUGGAUGUGGUUGGUGUCGGAUGUGACCCAUACUUUCGUGCUGAGAUAGACGAUGUUCUAUGCUAUACGUCGCGGGCUUUACCCAAUACCUUGAAUCCAGAAUGGAACGAGUUUUGGAGGAUCCGUAAUGUUCCAUCUCUCGCAAUUCUAAAGGUCAAGGUAUACGACAAGGAUGAGAAUCAAUACAUGGACGAUUACGUCGGAAGAUUCAAGAUUACCGACGUCUAUGUUGGUGGUCUUAGAGAUGUGCCAAUCGUGAGCUUGUUACGUCGGGAUCACGGAACCUUCCAAAUUGAGAUAAUCUCCAAGCCGGCUGAAUACCCCAAUCUGCCUGCUUAUAUAUUUGAUGGCCCAUGUCGGUAUUCUAUACAUUUAUCCCCAACUGUUGGGGCAUUUACUGCAAAAACAACCUCAGCAAGACGAUACUCUACCUGGAAAAUUUAUCUUAAAGGAAUUCAGUUGUUCUUUGGAAAUCAGCGACAACAUUGGAACCGAGAAUACCGCGCCGCCCAAGCCGUAUUCUCUGGGCCCCUAUCUCUUACUGUUCGGGGCCCAAUCAUAGCAGGACAUCGCUUGCUUUACGCACGCACUACCGCCAACAGGACUGGUAUACUCCACAACGCCGAAGACUUUUGGUCUCUGUUUCGGGCCAAAGUCGACGAGCGCCGUGGCCAAGGUUUGGCAAGACUGAUGGGUGUAAAUCCCGAUGCUGCCGGCCAGAGUACAUGUCCGGUUUGUGGUCAACCUGCGAGCGAUAUCCAUAGUAUGGAAUGCACAGGUAAUCAUCUACCUGAUGAUAUUCCCAAGGAACCGGGAGCUCGGACUAAUGCUUCCACCGGCGGCCGGGUUCCCUCGGAUGCCGAGUUUGGUGGUGUUGCGAAUCUCGCUAGCACUAUUAUCCCUCAUGAGCAUGUACAGCGCAUCAAGCCUGCGGUGUAUACAUACAUAAUCGACGAAGAUACGUUCCGAUUCAGUGAGACGGGCGCUGCGUUUUUUGUAGAUUUCGCAAGCAAACAUGCGCUUCACAGCAGUUGUGCAGAGACGGUGAGGUAUGCUGGAGAAUUUCACCCCCGACCCUCUUGUGGGUGGGCAGACUUUGAUGACACGAUUCCCGAUCAUGAAAUGGCCUGGGAACUAUGGAUCGAUAAUGGAAGUGGCACUUACGCUCCUCCGCCGGAUAUGCUCGACAAUCUUCGUCAAUUGCUUGAGUAUAACUGGCCUGGCCUGACGGUACGAACGUUUGAUUUCCGUGAUGAACCACAGAAGAAGAGUAUUCAAGAGUGCCGGGACUAUGCCCUCGAGAAGCGUGGUAUUCUACGGGAAGAGUUGGAGCCUUCUGUAUUGGAAGGAGAGUCCGGGUCGUCCUUGUUGAAAAUGGCAACUAUUCGAAAGGCCUAG